AUGUACUACAUUGCAAAGUGCAUAGGAAUGAGCCCCGUUGUCUUUUUAAGUGUGUUGGCGCUAACUGUAGUCAAACAUUUACCACUUACUCCGCUUUCAAGGGCCAUUUUUAUCGGGUGCACAAUGCUCCCCAAGCUGCUCCUAUAGCUGUUGUUGCGGAUUUAAAAUGUGCAGUUUCAUUAUGUGUCCGCCAUUUUCACACGGUGAAAGAGCUAGUGUCUCACUUAAAUGAUCAUAUUGGAGAGGGCAGGUCUGUGUCGUGUCCAGUAAGUGGUUGUAAGUACGUGUUUACAAAAAAAUCGUCAUUUACUUCUCACAUGUGUAGAAAGCAUAAAUCAUGCUCCCCAGAUGGUAUCGAUAACAUGUACCGGGAAACUCGCCCUCAGCCCCCAGAUGUAAUUGACAGUACAGAUGAUUCAGAAAACACACAUGAAGCCAUGCCAACAGCUAGUGCAGCCAGUGAUAUGCCAGAGAAUGAUAGUCAGGCUUAUCUCAGAAACAUGUCUCUCUUUUACCUUAAACUGCAAGGACAGCUGCUAAUUCCUGCUUCUACUAUACAGACUAUUGUUGAGGAAAUGCAAAAUGUGCACGAGUUAGGUCAAGCCUAUACAAUAGCUAAAGUAAGUUCUUUUUUAAAAAAUGAUAUGAGCCUAUCAGAUGAAGCAGUCUCUAAAAUCUGUGACUGCAUUAAAGAGUCAGAUUUGUUCUCUGCUUGUCAUCAGGGACAAUUAAGAACAACGUACUCUAGAAAUCAGACAUUCACAAAAAUGUUUAAAUACACAGAACCCCAAAAAGUGCCAUUGGGAACGGAUGACAACAUGACACAAAAAUGUGCUUACUACAUACCAGUGGCAGAAACUCUGAAGAGUUUUUUACAGUCACGUUUAGGGAGGAAUACACAGUCACAACAGUUUGGAGAUCCUGAUGUAGAGGUUUUUACGGAUUUAUAUGAUGGACAAAAUUUCAAAUGUCACAAGUUCUUCAAUGAAAACCCUAAAAGCCUCAAACUGAUUUUGUACCAAGAUUCAUUUGAAAUUGUGAAUCCCCUGGGUUCUGCUAAAAAGAAGCACAAAGUUCUUGCAGUCUAUCUUUCAUUAGCAAAUUUACCCAUUCAUUUGCGUUCAAAUACUGAUAAUAUGUUUUUAGUCUUGUUGUGUGUUGAGGAUGACCUUAAGCGUUUUGGAGUAGCCAAAGUUUUCUCAGAGUUGUUGGCAGAUCUGAAAUCCUUGGAAACCGAAGGAAUAAAUGUAGAUGGAGAAACAGUAAAAGGGGGGCUUUUCUGCAUUGCUGGGGAUAACUUGGGUUCUCAUUGCAUAGGUGGAUUUACAGAGAACUUCAGCCGCUCUCAAUAUUUUUGCAGGUACUGUGAAAUCACCAGAAGUGAGUUUGUGGCUGAUCCGAAUGUCUGUGGUCCUCCACGCACCCCAGAGACGUAUGACGCAGCUGUUGCUGAUCUCCAGGCAGAAAACAUCCAAGACGUCAGAGGGAUAAAGGUGCCAUUUUUUCUUCAGUGCAAUAUGACUGACUCAGAGCGAACCUUCCUAGAUGUUGCCAUCAUGGACGCCCUACCACAACUUCAAGCAGUAAACAAAAACAUCCUGGAAGAGCACUUGCAGUCCAUUGGAGUUGAGACGUAUGAUGAUUUACGCUUCGUAACGGAGGCAGAUUUAAUGACAGCGUUAAGACCUGUAGAAGCCAGGAAGCUGCUUGCUGUUUGGAAACGGAAAUACCACACUCCUGAGAACAGCUCUCUGUCAUCUGUGGAAGCCUCGCCUACCCAAUCGCUGCCAUCGCUCUCUGUUUCACCCCAAAGUUCAUCGUCAAGCACCUCCAGCAGCCCAGGACUUGACACACAGUGGGAUGAAAACUUUGAAAUUCCAUGGAGUAAAUUUCCUGAGGAAGUGAUGCAGGCUUUAGAGAGGGGGAAAAGGCCAGGCCCAAAACUAAGAAGGCAAAUGGUCCGAAUUGUUGUGACUGAGAUGAUGGAAAAAUGCCCUCAUGUAGGUAAAAAACAUUCAACUGACGUUGCAACAAAAAUGGUUGCAAAAUAUCCCAGUUCUCUCCAAGAUGUAAUAGAGGGCGAUAUUGUUGGAAAAGGCUACCAUUCCCUUGUCAAACAGUUGCAAAACAGAAUUGAAAAUGUCAGGCGCACUUCAACACCCAAAAUAAGAAAAAGAAAACAUCAGACUGAUGACUCGGACCACACAGACGAAAUCCCAAUAGAAGAGAGAGCAGCGAUGCAGGACACGUAUGGAUGCAUUAAAUGGAAUGUCAAAUUUCUGCCCCUUGAAGAAACUCAAGAGACUCAGCGGCAAAAGAUGGAAAAACUCAAGGUGAUGUUCCAACACAUCGAUGUCAAUCCAGAGGAGGUAAAAUGUCUAAUGAAGUCCACAUUUUACACACAGCGUCAACAUGUCAACCAGGGAAAAAGUAUCAAAUGCCUUAGAGAGGAGUGGCCGUUUUGGUUUGAUGAACUUGGCAUGUCAGUUCACUUUAUGGAACUCACUGGGAUUGACCUCAAAGAGACAUUUACACGAAAUUUGGAUUUGAAGGGAAAAAGACUUCUCGACUACAUGACCACAGUUUUUGUCAACAAGAGCAAGACUUUCCUUCAGAAUUAUGCAAGGCUUCAGAGGAUGCGGGGACUGCAGAGUGGCUGUUCAGAUGAUGUGAUAGAGAUGACCCUGCUUCUACUCAGUUACUUUGAUGAGAAGGAGGAGUCCAUGUUCUUCCAUGUAGAAGAUACAUGUCUUGCAGAAGAGGUCCAACUGGAGCAAGUGCCUCUGACACCCACUGUUAUUGUCUGUGGAUAA